AUGUACGGGGCAGACGAAACAGAAGUCGAAACAGAAGAAACCGAGCCGCCUGCAGAAGUAUUCACAGAAGAGACCAUCCCGGGCGUACCCGCCGUGAACGAUUCAUCUGUAUUGUUUAUACGUUAUCUUACCCAUCCACCGGAAAUCACUAUCCGGCCGCGCAACCUGCAGGUGCGGGCGAACGGAAUCGCCGCAUUCUACUGCGCCGCCCGCGGCGACCCCAUACCCAACAUACAGUGGAGAAAGAACGGGAAACGCGUCUCCAGCAUGCAGUCGAGGUACCAGGUGUCGGGCAUGGACGCGGCGGCCGGCCCAGGGGCCAACGGUGCGGUGUUGAGAAUCGAACCCGUGAGAGCGCAGCGCGAUGACGCCACGUACGAGUGCAUGGCCGAGAACGGUGUGGGCGAUGCCGUGACGGCGGUCGCCACCCUUACAGUGUUCGAAGGUAAGGGACGAGCGGCGGACUCUAGCGCCGCUAACUCUUUACGGACGCUCGACUUUCUCGGCUAUUGUGCCAAGAUGCUCAUAUCGUUGCGAAAAGUCAACGGAACAAUCGGAGAAAUCACCAGGAGCGUUCACGCCGCAGAUUGGAUCUUUAUU